GCCAGCACUCCUUGCGCCUGCCGGCGGGGUCCAGGCUGCAAAGUUGGGACCAACACCACUUGCAAAGUUUGCACCGCAGAGCGGGACGCGCGCUACCUCCGAGGUCCCCAGGCAGCCAGCGACCAAAACCUUAUGUGACAGAGCUGACAAGACAUCCAGAUUCUCCUGAGAAGUGAGACGUUCCAAAGGACCCAUGACUCUGGUUUUCAAGCCCUUUUAUUUCUUCCUACUCUGUAGCUAUGUCUCGGUCCCGCCACACAAAGCCUUCCAAACUAGUCAGGAAGGAAGAACUAAACAACAAUCAAAACAGCCAAGUGAAGAAGGUAUCAAAGCCAGCCACCAGACAUGUGACGCCGGGGAAGACUUUGAGCCCUAGAAAACUGAAACAAUUAAUACAAGAAAGAGAUGUUAAGAGGAAACCCGAUCCCAAGCCACCUAUGCCAGCCAGAAGCCUUCUGACAAGAGCGGGGGCCGCCCGCUUGAGUCGGGACAGGACUGACAUCCUUUUCCAGAAUCCGGAGUCCCUGACUUGUAAUGGGUUUACCAUGGCUCUCCGCAGGACCUCUCUUAGCAGGCGCCUCUCCCAACCUCCAGUGGUCAUAGCCAAAGCCAAGAAAGUUCCACCUUCUAAAACUUUAGAAAAACACCACCAGUGUGAUAAUAUGACAUUUGAUGAUAAGGGAGAAAAGCAUUCAGAAAAUGAUUUGGACCCAAACCAAGCCUUUCUCACUUCCCCAGAGAUGGAGAACCUCGUUAGUGUACAGAACGCAUCUUUAAAUACAGGGGAGAACAAAGAGGCACCCCAGUCUGGCCCUCAAAUGGUAGAAGAUGCCAAAGUCAGUGUCCCCUUGUGUGCUGCUCCUGUCACAGAGAUCCUUUCUGGGCCACUGGAAGGGACACCCUCUACUGCAGGACUACUGUUUCCCGAGCAGACAGGUGGUGAUGUCUGCAGUCCCCCUCGACUGUUUGCCCAGGCCGCGGCAUGCGCUCCUUUGGCCCAGGUUGUCCUCCCUGAAGUCACGCAUCAAAGAAACCCUGGCCUUCAGUUAGAAGACUUGGGCUCCCGAGUGGAAUCUCUUCAGCUCUCUGACUCUUGCUCGGAUGCCAUGCAGAGUGAGCCUCUCUACUUCCCCACCCCCACUUUUAAUAUGGCUGUGCCUGAACUGGACCUUAGCAACUGUGUGUCUAUCGGGGGGUCCGUAUAUCCUACCAAUCUGAUCAAGCUCCUCCUGGCAGGCACACUGCCAGACACCCUCGGUUCCACACUAGCGCCCCAAGAAAUCCUCCAAGCUCCCCCAGAUCCAGGGGAACUUCCUGAUACCACCUCUGUCCUAGGACAGGCCUUGAGUGCUCUCCCACAUCCGUGGGGUUUUUCUGGUGCUGGCGUUCAUGGUGAGGUCCCAGUCCCACCAGAGGUUCCUGGGGCUAUUCCAGUCCAAGGAGAAGUCUUUGGUACUAUGCUAAACCAACAGGAGAUCUUUGGAGUGGCCGUUGCUGCUCCCCCCAGCAUACCCGCCUUCCUUGCUAUUCCACCAAACAUAAUAACUACCUACACUAUUCCUCCCAACUGGCCCGAGUCCCGGAAUCCCACACCAUACGGACUUGAGGUCCAAGGUGCUAUGCCAAUUUUGCCACUGGGCUCAGGACACACUCCUCAAUCAGACUCAGAGCUGAGCUCCAUACCUCCAGGAAUAAUUCCAAGCAACUCUGAAGAUGAGGUACAAGUCUGCAAUGCAAGCCUUCUCCCAGCCAAUACUCAGGAGUUCACAUUUGGCCCUGGGAGUGGCCUCCUCCAAGAUCCCCUGGGUGUUUCCCAGCUCCCCCAGGCGGAUCCCAGCAACCCAGGAGGAGAGAGCUCCCAGCUCAGUGUGACCAGCUCAGCUGGCAUCGUCAACACCACAGAGGUGUCUACCUCAGCGUCACUUGCCAGUGCCACCUCUUCCUCUUCCCACACAACCUUACCCACCUUGGAAAAGAAGAAACGCAAGCGAUGUGGGGUCUGUGUGCCUUGUCAGCAGAAGACCAACUGUGGUGAAUGUACCUAUUGCAGGAACCGGAAGAACAGCCAUCAGAUCUGUAAGAAGAGGAAAUGCGAGGAGUUGAAAAAGAGACCGUCCCUCACUCUACCUCAGGAGGUUAUAAAAGAAAACAAGAGGCCCCAGAGGGAAAAGAAGCCCAAAGUUUCCAAGGCAGAUUAUAACAACAAACCAGUAAAUGGCCCCAAGUCAGGAUCCAUGGAAUACAGUAGAUGUGGUGAUGGGGAAGAACAAAGAUUGGAUUUGAAUGCAUGUCCUCCUGAAAAUGUAACUAAAAAUGAAGACAGCAUGACAGGUAUAGAGGUGGAAAGGUGGACCCCAAGCAAGAAAUCACACGCCCCAGCUCAAGUGAAAGGAGACGCCAUUGCAGAUGUGACAGAAGCUGAGCGAGCCACAGCAUCCGAGGACGACAGGAAGCACUGCAGGCCCCCCACCGUGCUGGCACACUCUGUAAGAAACGGCCUCAAAAAUGCACACUGCUUACCGCCGGAAACAAACCUGUCAUUCAAUAAAUUCAAUUUUGAAGAAUUUGGCAAGGCACUGGGAAAUCAUACCUACAAAUUCCUGAGGGACACCUCGAACCAUAAAAAUGCCAUGAGCUCUGUUGCUUCUGGCGCGAAUUGUGAACCUCUGAAGGCAAGAGGUAACGUCUUGGCCUUCCAGAAGUCGGCCUUGAAGUGCAGAGCUAGCGAGGAGCCUGCAAAUCCCAGAAAUCAUCCUGGUGCUCACUGCGAAGGUGCUCAACCCAGGCCCCCCGAGAAUACGCCAAGCAAAGAGACAAGAGAUGGGUCUCCAGUCCAGCCAAGCCUUUUGUCCCUGAUGAAGGACAGGAGACUGACGCUGGAGCAGGUGGUGGCCAUAGAAGCUCUGACUCAGCUCUCAGAAGCUCCGUCAGAGAAUUCCUCACCGUCCAAGUCCGAGAAGGGUGAGGAGACAGAUCAGAGAACAGCUAGUUUGCUUAACAGUUGCAAAGCUAUCCUUAAUUCUGUGAGAAAAGACCUCCAGGACCCAAACUUACAACAAGGAGACACACAGAAUCUUACACAGUGUCCAUCUUUGGAAAAACAAAUUCCUCACAGCAAUGUGGUGUUCAAUGGCCAGAAAACCACAUCCAAGUCACAGAGUUCAGCUACUCACCAAGCAUCUAAAAAACCACACCAGCAUUUGAAAGUGAAAAACUCAGCAUCGCUUUUGAUGUCCAAACCCAAUUCAUCUAAAACUGAGAGUGGUAAAAGCAUGGCUGGAGGUAAAGGACCUCUUGGUGAUUGUCCAAGGAAUUCACAUAAUUUGUCACAAACAAGUAAUACCCCAGAAUAUUGCAACCAGCUAGAAGAUAGCAGUCAAAAUCUGAAUUCAGAGAAUGAUCAGUCAUGCCAGGAUGUCCCCUACAGUCAAAUUGAAGAGGAUGUCGCAACACAGUUGACACAGCUUGCAUCAAUGAUUAAAUGCAAUCAAACAGAAAUGGAUGACAAGAAUGUCAAAAGCACACCAACCAGCCUUGUCACACAUAACAUACAGCAAAAACACAGUCCCGAGAAAGGUGUAACACAACAGAAACCUAGCGUAGAAAAUAAUCUGGCAAGGCCGAAGGACACCGCCCGGAAAAAGGCCAAAUCAACCCCGUCUCGAGAUGGGCAGAGGAAGAAAUCCAAAGCCCUCAGCUGUCAAGAAAGUGGUCGGGAGAAGCAAGAAGAGCUGUCACAUCACUAUAGCAAGCUACAUGACAUUUGGAUUGCAGCCAAAUUUCAAAGAUUUGGUCAAUUUGGUCCACAUUGUUUUCCUUUUCUGUUUGGAAAAGUUCCUCCUUUUGCCAAAGUAUUAAAACCACUAACUCAACGCAGUACAACCUUACAACAGAGAAAAUUGUUUCCUCCACUCAGUCAGAUAAAAUUCAAGAGACACCAUGAAUUAGCACAGGAAAAAAUGAAGGGUGAACCUUUGGAUUCGAUCCCAAUACAUCAAGUCCCAACAGAAUCCCCUGGGCAGGUGCUUACGGAUAACACCGAUCCUUCUCAGGUACGGUCUUCAGUGACUGCCAGUCAGAAAGCUGAGCCUGUGCCCCAGGCCUCCUCUCCACCCAUUCAGUGUGCUACUGGGAUUGCCACCAGUGACCAAGCGCCGGUCCUGCCAGAUGCAGAAGAGUACCCUGCGCAUCACAGCUCACCAGCCUCGCCUGGAGUCCCUCCUGAAACACCCUUACCAGUCCCAGCAUCUGUUCUUAGGAAUGUCAGUGUAGUAAGUUCAGGUGGAAUCACGGUGGUAUCUUCCAAAAGUGAAGAGGAAGGCUGCUCAUCAGCUGUGUCGACAUCAGAACUGUCUGUCUCAGAGAAGGCGCAGAAAGACUUUAAUGAUUAUGCCAUGAACUUCCUUACUCGCCCUGCAAAGAACCUGGUGGCUGCAACACAGGAUUCUGAAAUCCCCCCCUGUGACUGUCUUGAUCGAGGCACACAAAAAGACAAAGGCCCAUAUUACACACACCUGGGGGCAGGACCCAGUGUUGCCGCUGUCAGGGAGCUCAUGGAGAAUAGGUAUGGCCAAAAGGGAAAGGCAGUAAGAAUAGAAAAAAUAGUGUACACGGGAAAAGAAGCAAAAAGCUCUCAGGGAUGUCCAGUCGCUAAGUGGGUUAUAAGAAGAAGCAGUAAGGAGGAAAAAGUUGUUUGUUUAGUCCGGGAGCGUCCAGGCCACCACUGCCAGACAGCUGUGAUAGUGGUGCUCAUCAUGCUGUGGGAAGGCAUCCCUCUCCCAAUGGCCGACCGAUUGUACUCGGAGCUCACCGAGAGUCUAAAGUCAUACAAUGGUCAUCCGACAGACCGAAGAUGUACCCUCAACGAAAACCGCACCUGCACCUGUCAGGGCGUCAACCCAGAGACAUGUGGUGCUUCCUUCUCCUUUGGCUGUUCCUGGAGCAUGUAUUUCAACGGGUGUAAAUUUGGGAGGAGUCCAAGGCCCAGAAGAUUCAGAAUUGAUCCAAGUUCUCCCAUACAUACCUACUAUGAAAGAAUUACUAGAGGACGUAAUCGAAAAAGAAGAUAUAUGAAACCGGAACGAGUCUGUCCGGAACACAAGGCCGUGGAAAAAAACCUUGAAGAUAAUUUACAGAGUUUGGCAACAGAAUUAGCUCCAGUUUAUAAGCAAAUGGCUCCAGUUGCUUACCAAAAUCAGGUAGAAUAUGAACAUGUUGCUCGAGAAUGUCGCCUUGGCAGCAAGGAAGGGCGUCCAUUUUCUGGGGUCACUGCCUGUUUAGACUUCUGUGCCCAUCCUCACAGGGACAUCCACAACAUGAAUAAUGGAAGCACCGUGGUGUGCACCUUGACCCGGGAGGAUAACCGCUCCCUGGGAGUGGUUCCUGAUGAUGAGCAGCUCCAUGUGCUCCCACUGUAUAAGCUUGCAGACACUGAUGAGUUUGGCUCCGUGGAAGGGAUGGAGGCCAAAAUCAAAUCAGGGGCCAUCCAGGUUCUCAAGCCCACCCGUCAGAAAAAGACACGUUUUACCCAGCCUGUGCCUCGCUGUGGGAAGAAGAGGACAUCCAUGAUGACAGAGGCCCCGGACAGGAAGAUCAGGGCUCUGGAGAGGCAGCAGCUGCCCCGAGCCAAGCAGAGGACCAGCGAAGCCAACCUGAACAGCAGCAAUCAUGUAGCCUUGGUGCCAGUCCCAGGUUCAGACAACACUAAAAGCUAUUCAUCGGUCCCCUCCACUCCUCACCCCGUGAAAGAGGCAAGCCCUUCUCCAGGCUUCUUGCCCACGGCUGCUUGCUCCACGAACGCAUCUCCAUGUAGGUACAACACAACAGCCUCGAGUGGGUUUUCAGAGAGGAGUGGCAUUCCCCAGUGCCCGGCGCCUUCUGGAGGUCGCAGUGGUGCAGCGGCGGUAGCCGGGGAAUGCGCGGACCCCGGGCGGCCUGGUGACGCGGCUCCUCUUCCCGCCCUGUCUCCUCCAGUGCCAGGUCCCCUCGGUUGCGCUGAGCCUCCCCCUGGGCCCGCUGGGCAGCCCCCUUGCCCGGAGGCCGACCAGCAGCAGCCCGCGGUGCUCGCUGCGGGCUCCUGUCCCACGGAAGAAGAAGAAGGCAAGCAGCGCCGGGACGCGGAAGAGCCGCUGUCGGAGGCGCCGGCGCCCGAGGGCCCCGAGUCCCCCUGCGGGGAGCGGGCGCGCAUUGACGAGUACUGGUCGGACACCGAGCCCGUCAUCCUGGAUCCCAGCGUGGGCGGGGUGGCCAUCGCGCCCACCCACGGCUCGGUGCUCAUCGAGUGCGCCCGCCGCGAGCUGCACGCCACCACCCGGGUGCGGAGCCCCAACCGCAACCACCCCACGCGCCUCUCCCUCGUCUACUACCAGCACAAGAACCUCAACAAGCCGCAGCACGGCUUUGAGCUCAACAGGAUUAAGUAUGAGUCCAAAGACUACAAAGCCAAGAAAGUGAAGGUCUCCGAGCAGACGGACCAGGCAGCUACCGAGGGGGCGGAAGCAUCCCCUGAAGUCAACGAACUGAACCAAAUUCCCUCUCGCGUCGCUUUGACGCUGACCCACGACCACGUGGUCACCGUGUCCCCGUACGCGCUCACGCACGUGGCGGGGCCCUACAAUCACUGGGUCUGAUGGCUUUUCUCCCCUUCCUAAUGCCUUUGUUAGUGCAGUGUAUUUUUUAAGGUGCUGUUCACCAGAAAGUCCUGUUGCUGUUUACUCUAUCUUCAUCUCACCCAUUUCAAGUCAGAGGUAAAAAUUUCACAAUUGGGGUGGGUACUUAACUGUGACUAUAUUUUGACAAUUCGUAGAAGGUGCACAUUUCAAGCAAAAAUUAAUGUUUUAUAGUUUUAAAUGCAUAAAGAAACGUUUUGGUUAGGUGUUAAUAGAAUUCACUCAGUUUGGUGCUUUAAAUUUUGUUUACUAUCAAACAGUCAUUUCUAGAGAAUUUUAAACAGGUUCAUGUUCUGUGCUGUAAAAAUCAAACAGUAUUAACUCUACACAGCUCCUGGUGCUUAACCACAUCAACACAGUUAAAAAAAAUAAGCUGAGUUCUCAUUUCAUGGUGCCAGUGUUCCAACAUCUUCCAAUCAUUGCUAGAAAUUCGGCAUAUUCCUUUGAAAUAAACCAAUGAAAUGCUUUUUUUCCUCUUAAAACAUUUCUUCUGUAUAAAAUACUUCAUUGUUAGUAAUGGUUGGAGGCUGUUCAUAAACUGUAAAUAUAUAUAUUUUAAAAGCACUUUCUAUUUUUAAAGUAACUUGAAAUAGUAUAGUAGAAUACUAUUGUCUAUUGUUUGUGCAUAUUUGCAUACAAGAGAAAUCAUUUAUUCUUGCUGUGUAGAGUUCCAUCUUAUUAACUAUGAUAUGUAUUCAAGUAAUAUAUGGUUUAUGUUUCACAUUAUAUAUAUAUUAGCUACUUAUAUAAAAUAAGUAAUGAUCUCUAAAAAUUGGAAUUAAGAAGCAUCACUGAUACUAAUAUUUAAACUUAAAAGUGGGCUUUUCUGAUUUAUUAAGUGUCCUCAAAUUAUUCUCUCCCCAUACUUUUAUCAUUCUGAAAUUCAUUCUAAUAUAAAAUGAGAAAAAAUUAAUCCUAUAGAAAUCUUUGGCAAACCAAUUCUUUAUUAUUAGUACUGUUCCUAGGCCCAAGUCAAGUAGUAAAUGUGAUUAAUUUUGAUCUAUUCAUUAAUCAACCUCCUGAGUUCAGGAAAAUGGCAACUCUGUAUUCUAUAAUACUUUUCUAUGUUCUAGAAAAUGGGGAAAUUGUUAUUCAGUUCAUUUAAUGUUCCCAUUAUUUUUUCCAUUGCUGUAUUGAUUCAGAACCCCCCCCCCCCCACACACACACACACACCUCAAGGUAGGGUUUCAUUCUAGCCCAGGCUGACCUGCAAUCACUAUGUAGUCUUAGAGUGGCCUUGUAUUCACAGCGAUCCUCCUACCUCUGCUGGGAGUGCUGGGAUUAAAGGCGUGCACCACCAUGCUUGGCUUAAUUCAUGUUUUUACCCCAACAAUGAGGAUUACUCCCUCCCCCCCAAAAAAGUUUAGAGCUAAGAACUUUCAUUGACAAACUUGAUUCUGUUAAAAUGCGGAGGUGCUAUGACAUUCAGUGUCAGCUUCUUUGGCAGUACAGAAACCCUAACGGUGCUUCUCCUUUGGAAAUGCCAUAGGAAGCCCACAAGUAACCACAGUCAUAAUUUUGGUGCAAAAGCAAACAGCUCUAGUAAACUCUCUAUAGAAAAACUCAUUGUAACUUAUUAAAAUAAUAUAUGGUGCAAAGUGUAAGUCUGAAGUUUUGAAUAAGUAAAGGAUAUGAAGGGACUGUAAAUAAGGAAGUGUCCUCUAACAGACUAUCAUCUUGUAUGAAAGGAGGUCUGCUUCCUGAAUAUGUAAAAUAGGGCAAUUCACUGUCUUUUAGUAUUUUGUGUGCCUUGGAUUUCUGUUUAAAAACAUGUAUUUUUUGAGCCUAAGGUUCGUUAUACAUGUGAGUAUAUAAAAAUUUGUUUUUUUGUGUG